AUGUUUGAAGGCGUUUCCGGAUUCGAAGGCGAGCCCGGUCAACUUGAUCCGCCGCGCAGGUCGGCUGUGGUGGGGUCGAAGGCCCUGCGGCAGAGCAAAGCACGGCCUGGAAGAACCGCCGAAGCGCCCUUUCCCCCUAGCGAACACCUUCCGGCAUGUGCGCUUUCGCGUGCGGCGUAUCCAUCCAACCAGCUCGCGGGCAGCCGAUGCGUGCUCGAUUAUACGCUGUCAUCUCCGACGGGACAUUUUCAAGGCGAGCGUUUCAUGAUCGAUGGCCAGGCAAACGGCGAAUCCGCCAUGAGCUGUGGGCGAGCCAUUGGUUCUGCCCUGUGGUGGCUCAGGGUAGCAUGUGUAUGGCCUAUGGGCAUCGGCCCGCCCGCGGAUACUUGGCUGGCUGAGUCGGAGGGCACAUCGUCAGUGGAGCCAAGACCUUCCCAACCAACGGGCGAUUCAGGGCUGUUCCACUCAGUCUCCACCUGUUUAGAUAUCCUGCCUGCUUCAUAUAUCUUCAACGCACCUAUUAUUAACGCUCCUAGCUCUAUCCUAGCCACCUCGCCGCGGAUAUACGUUAUGGAUUCUAGAAGGUUCUUCGAUCGAAUCGAUCGGCUCCAAUGGCCUCCGAUGCUCAAGCAGGAAUACGAAUACUGCCAAAGUCUAUUUGGCCAACGCAUGGUCCUUCACGAUCGGCGAGUCAACUUCAAGCCGGUCAUCAUGCCCCUCACCGCCAGCUUCUUUUUCCUCUGGGUCUGCGCCGUCAGUUUGCCUGAAAAAGGUCCUGGGCCAGCACUCUUCCGGCUCGCAGUUCUCCCAUUCCUGCUCGCUGGUGCAUUUGACCUAGCUGUAAACAAAACCUACAGCUUGGGCAGUCCUCUCCGGGACGUCAUGUUCCCGUACUGGGGAUGUCUGAUUGCCUUCCGGAUAAUAGACAUGGCACUCGUGAGCUUGUGGGACGAAGACCCGGCACCAAAAUGGAUCAAACCCAGAAGUGUGCCCGAGCUAGCAAAACUUCAUCCCACCAAAUCAACUGCCGGCAAGGGUACCAGCAAGGCCACCUGCGAAAGCCGCUAUCUUUGGAGACCUGUGCCCCACUCGCCGCUCUUCUCUUUCGAUAGAGCAUUAUACGGCUUGGAUGUUAUUAUGUUGAAUAGACCAGGAACUCCUUGGCUAUUUCCCUGGCGCCUACGCUCUCUAGACUGGUCUCUAGUCGCACUUAACGGACAGCGACGCGAACAGCUUAAAUUCGGCAAGCCCGAAUGGCCGUUUCUCUUGGCUCUGGUCCAGCAAGUUUUUCAUUUGAUGGCGCACAACUAUAUCAGAACUAUGGACCUCGACGGCGAGAGACGCGAAACGCGAGAUCUGUGGUCAAUUAAGCUACCAGACCAGAUCCUCGUCACGUUAGCUCUGGGGGCAAUCGUUGCUUUGAGCAGCUCCUUGGAGGAAGCUAUCACCUUCCCACUAUUGUUGAACUCGAAAUUAUUACCCGAGACGGCCUUGCUGGGUAACACCAGACGUGCAAUACUUUCUAAAGGAUUGGCAGAGCUAUGGGGAUAUCGCUGGCAUCACAAUUGGAGAAGGAGCUUUGUACUUGGCUUCCUCCUCUACUUUCUGCGAACCUUGGCCGAGCUCUAA